AUGGAGCGCGGCGGCGACACGGGCGGGUGGCGGCUCCGCGCCACCGCCGCGCAGCGCGACCGCCGCCAGCCGCCGCCGCGGGAGGACGGCGACCGCGGCGCGGGCGGGAAGAAGCGGGGCGGGCGACGGCCGCUGCUGCCGCUGCCCGAGGCGCGGGGGGCGCCGCUGGUGCUGCUGUACCUGCUGGCGCUGCGGGCGCUGGCGCAGGUGUCGCACCGGCAGCUGCUGAGCCGCUCGCCCGCCGCCGCCGGGCCCCGCGACUUCAGCGCCUCCCGCGCCAGAGAAUAUCUGGACAACAUUACAGCAAUUGGGCCCAGAACAGUUGGAAGUCCAGAAAAUGAAGUUCUUGCAGUUAACUACCUCUUAGAACAAAUUAGGGAAAUAGAAAGAGAAAGCACGGAUGCUCACAAGAUAUAUGUAGACAUACAGAGGCCCACGGGCUCUUUCAGCAUUGACUUUUUAGGAGGCUUUACUAGUUACUAUGCAAAUAUAACCAAUGUGGUAGUGAAGCUGGAACCUCGCAAUGGAGCUGAGCAUGCAGUGUUAUCCAAUUGUCACUUUGAUUCUGUACCAAAUACCCCGGGUGCCAGUGAUGAUGCUGUUAGCUGUGCAGUGAUGCUUGAAAUACUUAAUACACUUUCAAAAUCAUCAGAGUCCCUACAGCAUGCUGUUAUAUUCUUAUUUAAUGGUGCAGAAGAAAAUAUUUUGCAGGCUAGUCAUGGCUUCAUUACACAACAUGAGUGGGCCAAGUCAAUCAGAGCUUUUAUUAACCUGGAGGCAGCAGGUGUAGGAGGAAAAGAACUUGUUUUUCAAACAGGACCUGAAAACCCUUGGUUGGUACAAGCAUAUGUAGUAGCUGCCAAACAUCCCUUUGCCUCUGUGGUGGCACAGGAAAUAUUUCAGAGUGGCAUUAUCCCAGCAGAUACAGACUUCCGGAUCUACAGGGAUUUUGGCAAUGUUCCAGGAAUAGAUUUGGCUUUUAUUGAAAAUGGCUAUAUUUACCAUACAGAAUAUGACACAUCGGACAGAAUUUUGACAGAUUCCAUUCAGAGAGCAGGUGACAAUAUUCUAGCUGUCCUAAAAUAUUUAGCUACAUCAGAAAAGUUGGCUAAAUCUUUUGAGUAUCGACAUGGAAAUGUUGUGUUCUUUGAUGUACUUGGUUUAUUUGUCCUGGCUUAUCCUGCUCGUGUUGGCACAAUUAUGAACUAUAUUACAGCAGCAAUUGCUUUUUUUUAUUUAAGCAAAAAAGUAUUACAGCCAAAACCCAGAGCUGUUCAUAACCUGAAGAAGUUAAUGACUGCAUUCAGCUUAACCCUGAUGAGCUGGGUAUGCACAUUGGUAGCAGUCCUUAUGGUGGCAAUGUUUGUCUCCUUCAUUGGACGGGCUCUUUCUUGGUACACCCAUUUCUAUGUUUCUGUGUCUCUCUAUGGCACUGCCGCUGCAGCUAAGCUCAUUCUUGUGCACGUGUUAGCCAAGAAGUUCUUCUACAAGGAUGUGAAUGAUCAGGACCUAGGACUUGUUUUUUUUGAUGCCUCACUGAUGAUUUGGUCAGUAGCAUUGGCUGUGAUGACUCAGAUGGGCCUUUGUUCAGCAUUCAUUUGUACAUUAUGGGUAACGUUUCCUUUACUCACUAAACUGAUGAUCCACAAGGAAUUCAGCCAAAAAGGUGCCACAAUAAAGUUUAUUGUGAUGUACAUGCUGGGGAUGUUUGUUCCCUAUUUGUAUAUGCUGUAUCUUAGUUGGACUGUGUUUGAAAUGUUUACACCUGUCAUGGGACGAAGUGGUUCAGAAAUUCCACCAGAUAUGGUGUUGGCAGGAUUUAUUGUGAUCUUCACUAUGAUCCUGUCUUCCUAUUUUAUUAACUUCAUUUACCUUGUCAAAAGUACAAAAACGACACUAGUAGCUUUAACUACUGUGUUUGUAGUCACUCUGAUUCUCGUUUGUAGUGGAAUCUUCUUUCCUUACAGUUCUGAUGCAGCUAAUCCAAAGCCUAAGCGAGUCUUUCUCCAGCACACAAGCAGAAGAUUUCAUGAUCUAGAUGGAAAUGUGGUUAAAAGUGACUCUGGUAUAUGGAUUAAUGGGUUUGAUUAUAAUGGAAUAUCUCACAUAACUCCCCAUGUACCUGAAAUCAAUGACACCAUUAGAACUCCAUGUGAGGAGCAGGCUCCCUUCUGUGGCCUUCCUUGGAUUCUGCCAGUGCAUUUCAUGUUCCGGAAAAACUGGUACCUUCCUGCUCCAGAAAUUUUGCCAAGAAGCCCCAUUCACUUUAAACUUCUGUCCAAGAAGCUGAUGCCCUGGAACUCUGUGAGGUUAAACUUUGAAGUAUCUGGCCCAAGCCACAUGUCCCUGUACGUGCGGCCGCGUGCCGGGUCGGCGCUGUCCCGCUGGUCCCUCGGGGAUGGAAUGCCGGUUGCCAGCUUGGGGGGAGACUACUUCGUGUUCUACUCCCGCGGGCUGCAUGCGGCUCCCUGGCACUUCUGGGUGGAACUGACGGCCCCAGAAAAGCAUUCUGAUGGAAUAGUCUCCCUUGCCAUAGCAGCACAUUACUUUUUUGGGGAAGAUCAAAAGUCACCUCAACUCUAUGCCUUACUGGAGAGGUUUCCAAACUGGACAUUUUCUUCUGGCUGGUCCUGUACUUACGACCUUUUUGUCUUUUAAUUUUGACAGCAAUGCUGCAGGGCUAAUAGGUUUAUUUCUGAUGCAGAAUUUCCUUGUGGCAAGAGCUUUCUACAAGGUGCCAGAGACUUCAGCAAGAUUUUAAAAUUCUUCAGCAAAUGGUGUUUCUUUGGCAGUUUGACUAUUUCAAGUCUACUGCUAUCUUGGGGAUAUAAUGAUACUUUUCUGAAUGCAGUUCACCUUGGCUCUUCCAUUUAAUGAGUUUCUUAAAAUGAAAACUACACUUGACGAGGUAAUUUUGUCAUAAUAAAUGGUGGCAAUUGUAGUGGAAGGGCUUAAUGGAAUUGUUUUGAUGUAAAAUUGUAGUGAUACAUGGAAUAUUACCUGCCAAGCCUAUCCGUCCUAUUCAAGUCUGAUCUCCAGCUAGAAGGUUCCUGUGGGAGCAGGGCAGAGAUGGCAAAGUCCUGAGCGUUACUUUUGUCACUAGAUGAAGUCACUGAAAGCUGUGGUACUCAUGUCUGUUGGCAAAUGCACAAUGGCAAUGCAACAAUGCAUAGAAAUCAAUAUUAUGAUGGAAUGUGGUAAUUGUUUAUCCAAACUGUAUGUUUCUGUUAAAAGACUUAGUUCUACCCCUUUUCCCGUCUCUUCGGUGCACAGCAUGAGUGGCUAAGUUCAACUUAACUACCAUCUUGUGGUUUUGUUCCUAUUGGGAUCUUUAACAUUCAGCACAUGGGCAUGUGACUUGCUCUCACAUGUAAGAGUGCUAAGUCCGCACUCCUUUAAUGAAUGUCUCAUAAUUAAUCUACUCUAAAUUUUCAGUUACCUUCCAAUUUAUUAGAAUUGGCUAAUUUUGGUAUCUCCUCUGGAGAAACUUUUGGUAGUCUGUCAGUAUUGCACUUGCUAAUACAUCUUACUGUUUCUUAAAAUAAGGUUUCCUUUCCAUAUGGAAAAGUACCUAAAAGAGUACUCUUGAAAAGAUGUCUAAUAUUCUGGAUUGCUCUUAUUUUAUUUUCAUAAGAUGGAUUUUAUAAAUGGCUGUGUUUCAGAGUAUCUUCCAAUUUUAAUUGACAAGCUUUGAAAUCAGAAGCUAGUGACCUCUUUUUUUAUACUUACCAGGUUUGGGGGGUUUUUUAGUGCAGUGGUUAAUAGUUAAGGGUAAUUUUUGAAAUGCAAAGAACUUGGCAUACCUGAAGGAACUUCAUGUUUUUUUCCAAAUUAUAUAUAAACAUUUGGCUAUAUCAAUACCACGCUACAAAUUUUAGUGUUUUUAGUCUCAUGAGUAUUGCAUAAUGUCAUGCAGAGCAGAUUUUGUGCAGGCAUCAUCAUUUUGAGUAGAAACAUGCUAGUACUGUUAAGUUUGCAGAGCACAUGGAAGAAAAUUGUGUGACAGUUAAUUUGUGUGAUGGAUAAUAACUCUCCAGUCAGGAAUUUUUCCUUUGCGUUGUUCUGUAGUUGUGUGUAAUAGUGGAAAGAACCAGCGUCAUUGCUUACAAGGGAUGUUAACAAAGAUUGUCAACUCACUCAUGGACUAGGGUAAGGUUUAAUUACUGUAAUCAUAAUGAACUGGCCAUCAGUAUUUAAAACCUAUGCGUUUAUACAUUAAUGUGCAUUAAUCAUCACUCACUUGAUUGUAUCUGAUUUGAAAGUACAAUCCCUGUAUUAUUUAGUGAUUUGAAAAUCAGAGUUAUGAACUAAAACUCCUGUGUCUUGAAUCUCAACAAAUGUGUUGUACUGUACUCUAGCUGAUGCACAGCUAGUUAACUAAAGCUGCACUGAUAUUUUCCAUCUUCCUUAGUUUUGAUUUUUGUGUUUUGCCUCUGAUUUAAAGCUUUGAAAGUGCUGUGUGAAGAAUUCAUACUGGGAGCCAAAAAUAUAAAAAAGCCUGUUGGCAAUUUCUGAAACUUUAAGUGAAGCAAUAACUUCUGCUAUCUCAGGAUUUAAUCCUUGUUAAAUAAUUUAAUUAUGAAGCAUGUCUAGUUUGCAAAUUUCUGUCUUUGUAAAUAAAAGCAAAACUUGAUUGGUGACACUUGAUUUUUAGCAUGAUUAAAGGCUAUGUAUUUGAGUUGUUUUCAUUCAUUGCAGUAGUGUUUUACUUGAGCUUGGGGUAGAAAUACUGCUAAGAGUGUUGGAGUUAGAGUUGUGUGGAAGAUAAGCUUGGCCAAAGAAUGCAAAAAUCAUCUGAGUUGAGAAAAGUUAAGAUGAGAGUUCUGGCUGGUUUCCUGGAGAGGAAUGUGGUUUUUGAAAUAAGAUGUGAUAGGGAGUAGUCACUGGUAGUGACUCUAAUACCACUAAGUAUUCUUUGCAAAAUUGAUGGUUAAGACAAGAUUUAUUGUUGAAUGGAUGGAAAAAUGUGCUGUUUGUGUCCAUAUGCUUCCCUAUUCAAGUACAAGCAGAUGUGUCUUCAGCCACUGUGGGUUACUAUUUCUCCUAAAAAAGCAUUGUGUGACUUAACUUUUUGAAGUGUAUAAAAUGUGAACAGCUGGUAACUUUUAUGAUAUUCUUAGUGGAGGCAGUAAACAGUUGUUUAGAAUUACCUUAUGCUUA